AUGGUUCUCCAAACUGAAAGCUAUCCUGCUCCUGGCUUCAAGCAGCAACAAAGCUACUAUAACGGGAACGACUUCUACUCCUCUGAGGACAAAUAUAACAGCAACUACGGCUCAAGCAUGCAAAUGACAAAGCCUUAUGGUUAUCCCAGCGUAACCACUCCUCAGCGCACCCAACAUCACAUGAUGAUGAGCCAAGGCGGCUAUAGCCAUGACGAUGAUAGCUGGUACAACAAGGACAAGUACCAAACGGGCUAUGGUCACCACAAUAGCCAUGGCCAAUAUGGGCACAUGUCCCAUGAUUCCUCAAACUUUUCCAGCGAUAAUAGUGACUAUGGGAGUGGAAUGCAGCACUCUAGUUCCCACAUCGAUGGUGGCUAUGGGAGCGGAAUGCAGCACUCUAGCUCCCGCAUGAAUGGUGGCUAUGCGAGUGGAAUGCAUCAUUCUAGUUCCCACAUGAAUGGUGCCUAUGGGACUGGAAUGCAGCAUUCUAGCUCCCACAUGAAUGGUGGCUAUGCGAGUGGAAUGCAACAUUCUUCCCACAUGAACAGUGACUUUGGGAGUGGAAUGCAACAAUCCUCUUACUCUCAUAUUCCUAGGGGAUUGGGACCAACAGAACACGCUUCUCCAAAAUACUAUGGACAGGAUUCCGAUAGGGCCCCUGGUUACUAUGAGCAGCACAACAAGAAUACUGAUAUGUGGAAUUUGAAGAGUUUGGAUGAUUAA